GAGUGAUAAGGCGAACAACAUCAUAUCUUUUUUUUCACUUAUCAUCGCGCAUGUUCCUAUUAGUAAAUUGUCAUUUGUAUACGUGCCAGUUGGUAUAUAUAGCUUAUUAUGUAGCACAUGGUUCAGUUCAUCAUAAGAGGUUUACGAGUAAGCAUUUUCAGAGUUCUGAUCAUUCCAAGGUGGGUAUGAAACAUAUAAUGAUCCAUUUUUAGGACUAGAUAUACAUGACAAUAAUAGAGACGGGAGAACAUUUAAGUGAUAUUUUUCAUAUUAAAAAUUUAUAAUCCCGUUAUUUGUUCAACGAAAUUAUCCAGUGGGCGAUUUUUCUUUAGUAUCGACUCUACACUAGUAUUUAUAAUCAGUAGAAAAUUUAACAUUUAAUACAAGUCAUAGAUGAUAAACAGCAGAGAAAAUUAGCGAAUUCAAUACACGGAAUAGAUAGAGAGCAAGCUGCAGUGUUUCAAUGUUUCGCGCUCUAAAGCCCGCGGAUGAAACGGGAGUGCAUGAGAGUCAGGCGAUCUUGGUUAGCUGUUCUUAAUGCUUUCCCAACAUACAUCGUGUAUUUUAUUGAAGUUAAAACGGAACACUCGUCAAACCUUUAUUGACCUUGAAAUGUUUCGUUUGAGUGCGCUUUAACCGCUUGCAUGUUCAACUGCAUGUGUGUGAAUUUCUCUAAAAAGUAAAGUGGCCACAGAUGUCUCAAUAGGGCCAUUUAAGUACGAGGCCAUGCAAGUAAGCCGCGGCCCCUUAUUGCAAGUUGAAUUGUUUAUAUACGAGUCGGUUCGCGACUUAUUAAAGUGGGCAUAUUUUCGCCCGGCCUAUAAUUUAGACUUUAUAGUCUUAAAUUAAAUAAUUCUAACAAUCAACCAAUUUUAUUAUAACGUAUUUUCGAGACAUUUAUAACAAAGUCAAGCGUGGUAUAUUAAUGUUUAAUAGAAUUUUAAUCUUUUCUGCUUAUUGCUAUUUGCUCAUGUUCAUUUGCAUAAAAUCUAUUAAACAAACUUAACAUGCAUGCAAUUUAAUUUUAAUGAUUUGUCCCAAUAUAGAGAGUAGAGUACUAUAAUCACACAAACAGACAACUUACAUGCAAAAAGCGACAUAGCUCGAACAUUGACGGUGUUAUUUUUUAGUCUAAUUUGAAAGAUAAUUGAAAACUGUAGAAUAACUUCUUUGACAGAUUUUUGUUUUCUUGCUUUGUUUGAAGAUAUUUCAUUACCUCCGCCAGGAGGUUAUGUAAUCAUCUGGGUUUGUAUGUGUGUGUGUGUGUGUGUAUGUGUGUGUGUGUGUGUGUGUGUAUGUGUGUAUGUGUGUGUGUUUGUCUGUGAGCACGAUAACUCAAGAAAUACCAAACAUAUCCGUACGAAAUUUUUUGAAUGCAUUUCCCAUCGGCUAAGGAAGAACUGAUUAAAAUUUGGUUGAAUUUGGUUAAAAAUUGAACGAGAAAUGAACAAAAUUUUGUCUUGCUUUUCCCGGUCAAUUAACAAAAUAUAUUACUGAAUGCGUAAUUAGGACGUGUAUAAUUUAUGCACUCAGUGCUAAGACAGUAAUGAGAUGAUAAACCUCAUUAAGCUUCGGCCUUCAUUAUCUAUUGUCUUAGUUGCAUUUCACGCGACCGAAAUUCAAUGUCUAAAACAAGGCUUACGGAGUUACGCAUUAUUACGUUCAGCAAAGUGCCAGUCCAUUCAAAUUCUAACAAAUUAGAUUACUUCAAUACAGGGUGUAUAAAAAGAACGCAACCUCGGAAUUUCCCAAGAAAUCGACAUUGUUUUAAAGACAAAAGAUUUUAGCUGCCUGGGAAUUUAAAAUAGCACAACUGUGAAAAUUACUGCACGCGCGAGUGCAUAAAGCAAAAUUUAUGCAUUUAUUUAAUGACACUUAAUAAGUUUUUAUUUUACAAGUACUGUACAGUACAACAACAGUAAUAUGUUCUAUUAGCAAUUCGAUUUCAAUUCGCGGGGGCCUGAAAUCUUUUAUGCUUAAGAAUUAUAAAGUGGAUUUCUUAGGAAAUUCCAAGGUUGCGUUUCACUUCCGAGUAACGGGCGGAGGUAUGCAGUCUCUGAGUGCCCUCUAGUUUUGUAUGAUACGCAAAGGACCAACUUUCUACGUCACAGAUGCAUAAUGAUUUAGCCCUAAAAGCUGUAUAUCUUUAAUAGGACUAAACACAAUCAGUAGAAAACCUACUUGGAUGUUGUUGUGGACAAAUCUCGUGCUCAUUCAUUUUGAGCGAAUGAAUUAGAUAGUGACAAAAUUAUCUAACAUUUUAAAGUAAUUAUUACCUCCGCCAGGAGGUUAUGUAAUCAUCUGGGUUUGUAUGUGUGUGUGUGUGUAUGUGUGUGUGUGUUUGUCUGUGAGCACGAUAACUCAAGAAAUACCAAACAUAUCCGUACGAAAUUUUGUGAGUGCAUUUCCCAUCGGCUAAGGAAGAACUGAUUAAAAUUUGGUUGAAUUUGGUUAAAAAUUGAAUGAGAAAUAACAAAAGUUUGUCUUGCUUUUCCCGGUCAAUUAAAUAAAACUUUAUACUGAAUGCGUAAUUAGGACGUGCAUAAUAUAUGCACCAGCCAUUCAAAUUCUAAUAACAAUAGAUUACUUCAAUAGUUUGCGCGUAGGCGGAGGUAUGCAGUCUCUGAGUGCCCUCUAGUUCAUUAUGCAUUUGUGACGUAGAAAGUUGGUCCUUCGCAUAUCAUACAAAAUGAAAUAUCUCCAAAACGAAGCAAGAAAACAAAAAUCUGUCAAAGAAGUUACUCUAUAUUCGUUAAAAGGUUUGAAUCCAGGUUCAUUCAUUUUUUGUUUAUUUUAUUUGUUCUUCUAGAUUAUUACAAAAUUAAAUAAGUUUUGUCUGAAGUUUCAGUUUCCUAUACGAAAACCAUUUUCGAAGACUUGAACGUUUAUUUUGUAAUAAUCUAGAAGAACAAAUAAAACAAACAAAAAAAGUUACUCUAUAGUUUUCAAUUAUCUUUCAAAUUAGACUAAAAAAUAACACCGUCAAUUUUCGAGUCAUAUGUCCUUCAAUUAAGCCAAUUUUCCACUUGGACCGUAUCGUAACGUACCGUGGCAUUUUCUUUUGUGUUGAAGUCAUUAGUUCCACUCUAGUGGUGAGGAAACAAAGAAAUACAGCUACGCUACGAUUGAAGUGGAAAAUGGCUUUACUUGGGGAAAGGAACAGGAUUUGCGUCUUAUCAAUAUUAAACUCGAUUUUCCGAAGUCUUUUUAGUACUCAAUUAACUCACAACAUUUUGAAAGAAAUUUUUCGAAGAAAUUUAGUCCCACAUGAAGAAGUUUUAACAAGUUUACCCUGCUUGUGGCGUCAUCAAAAACUCAGUUAAUUAGGUCAAUUAUAAUACCAAGAUGGCGGACUGUUUUUGGUCAAAAUAUUUCGAAAACCAUGCAACCAAGGCACGAAAAAGUUGUAAAGGGUCUUCAUAUAAAACUUUAAAAGUUCUUUCAAAUAAGACAAAGUUAAUUUUUGGUGUGGUGUCUGACAAAAAUAGGUACGCUAAGUGUUCAUAUAUCAAACGAAAGUGUAAUACUCCACAGAAGUCCAUCUCCAUUGUUUUUUGCGUAAGCUCUAUUCGUCAUGAUUCGUCACUCAGCAAGUACCGUAAACAGAAGCAGUCACCCCCCUGGAAAUACUAAAAAUGGCGUACGUCCAGGGGGGGUGACUGCUUCUGUUUACGGUACUUGCUGAGUGACGAAUCAUGACGAAUAGAGCUUACGCUAAAAACAACGGAGAUGGACUUCUGUGUAGUAUUCUGUGAUGUUGUGGAAGUGGCCUCUCCGUGGAGUCGGACCUCUGCAUCUGUUGCUCUGUAGCUGAUUAUGUUGGAUUCCCCCAACACACACACAACUUUAGAAUUGAAACACUCAAUUAAACGCUCUUUAUGAAGUUGAUCAGCCUUCAAAAGAUGAAGCCCUCCUGAAAGCAUGUUAUUACAAUGAAACACCGUCAAUAAUUGCCAAGUAUCAUACCAGGACAUGAUUAAGUUAUGAGUAAAUUUACCAUUGUCACACAAUGCAAUUUGUAAGCGUGAAAUAAUUGAUGUUUGUGAUGUUACUCUGAGUGUGUAUCCACACCGGGCAAGCUUGAAAAAUAUGCCUGGCCACAGUGGGAAUCGAAUCUACGACCUUUCGAAUACUAGCCCAAUGCUCUGCCAACUGAGCUACGCGGUCAGGACGGUCGAGUAUGUGAUAUUUCAGAACUGAGUACUCAGGUGAAUAUGAUGUUUGUGAUGUUACUCUGAGUGUUGUUAACUCAGGCUACAGUGAAAAUGUCAUGUGUGCUAUGGACUCUAUUGGCAAAUGUGAUGAGUUAUUACUAAUAUUGUUUGAAUAAAAAAUAAAAUUAACUACUUAAUCUAGAAAUUUAUCUACGACCUUUCAUAAUUAAAAUAUUUAUGCAUGUGAUUGGGAGACCGGCUGCCUGCCAUACUAUCAGCAUGAUGGCAAAUAUUAUCAAAAUAUUAAAAUAGCAAAACGUUCAGACGCAAAACGAAUUUUCUAAGUUUCUAAGGGUUACUGCAGGUAGCAAUAUAUCUGCCGCACAAAAACUUCAGUGUCAGUUCUUGUAAAGAAACAUGGAUACAGCUUAAAAACAAAUUUAAAUUGGCAACAAAUCCAAAAGUAAAACACAAGUGUUUCUUCGUCACGCCCGCGUGCUAUUAACGCACCUUAAGUCCCUAAUUAUUGCUUUGACAAGCGCCAUAGGAUAUUUUUAUGUUUAUAAUCGAGAUGUUGUUUUAAGGACAACUGUAUAGACAGAGUGACGUACUUUGCGUACGAAAACGUAUCCAUUUUUUAGGUUUUUUUCCCGUUUUGUUUUCAUCUUUACAUGUUCCUGUCAUGGCCGGAUUUUGAAGGGAGGUUGUUGAUCAUCUUGCACCUCCCUUGAGAAUUUUUACACCUCCCCUGAAAAGUCAUGCACAUUCCCUUGGGAAACUUUCAAUGAUAGAUCAAAGUGAAAAUUUGACAUUUUUUGGUUGCUUAGGGUCUACAUUUUUUUCUGUAAAAUUGAAACAGUGAUAGCCAUUCAUCUCUGUGUCAAGUAUGCUUUGAAUGCAAUAUUUUGAAAGAAACUUUGUAGUAAUUGUAAUGAGUUGUACAGUCAUAAUUCACUCAUACAUAUGUACACUACAUGCAUACGUCACGUCGUUGACUCUGGCCUGUUCUAACUUUCCAUGGGGAGAGCUAGACUGCUGCACCUCCUCUAUUUUUUUCCAUCUCCCCACUAUUUCCACCAAAAUCCGGCCUUGGUUCCUGUAUUGCAGUUUAACAAGUCUCCUAUAUUGAAGGAUCCUCACAGGUUUUCUGUUUAUCUUUAUUAUUUUAGAAAUAGCAAGCAUGCAGUCCACUGGUGUACAAGGCAAUGAAGUUUUAUCGUACAUAUUUGGCAUUUUGGCGAUCGUUCUUAAUGGCGUUCUUUUAGCUUCAAUGUACAAAGAAAGAAAGAAGAUAUUUGUCACAAGAAUUUCAUUUCUUGUUGCCAACCUCGCUUUUGCAGAUUGUCUGAGUGGUUUAUUUCUCAUCGUACUAAAACAGCCUAUCAAAGAGAUCGAGUACACGAGUGACGCUCGGUUGCUUACAGAACUUCCAUUAAUCUGGACUGCAUUUUGCGCGUCCUUUCUCACUUUAUUCCUCAUGGCAGCGGAAAGAUUGGUUAUUGUCACGUUACCAUUGGCGUGGUCAACAUUAUUAACGAUCCCUCGUUCACUGCUUUGUAUUCUCGCUGUCUGGCUCCUCUCAAUCGGCGGUGGAGUGGCCAUUCACCACAAACGAUACUACGCGCAGUUCUUCAUAUGUUUAAUCGUGGAAAUCAGCGCUCUGUGCUUCAUUGCAACACAUAUUUAUAUUGUAUGGUUGUUACAACGAAGAGAAAAACACCGUAUGGUUGUCAACCAAAACUCGUCCCAGGACACCCCCUGUCUUCCAACACCUCCCAAUGAAAAUAAUACUCACACUCACAGAAAAGUUACCAUUGUCGUCACCAUUCUCCUGUCCGUGUUGAUUGUCACGUGUGUGCCUUACUUUGUCUGCUUACAGAUGUUCACAAUUAAUAACACUUUUGAUAAAACUUUAGCAGAAAGAGUCAACUUAGAAAUAUUUGAUAAAGCAUUGGUGUAUACGCAUGCAUUUCUUUAUGUGAAUUUCUUUAUGAAUCCCAUAAUUUAUGCUUGGCGUUUAAGGAUGUAUCGAAAGGCUUUUUACAGUCUAGUGGGACGAAGCACGUCGUAAUCUCAAGUACGCAGGGCUAGAAAUAGAAACAUCAUAUGGCCUGAUAGUCUUUUUUGAAGGUCAAAUUAAUUAUUGCCUGCAGAUGCUAUAGCUGAACUUCAAUAUUGAAUUUGUAUUGUUGAAAUUUUCAGAAUGAGUGCUUUCUAAAUUAUAACACAACACUCACGCCAAAACAAACGUGUCCAAUUUCACCUGACAUUCCGAUUUGACAGUUGCAAAUUAUUUUUAUUUUAUUUUUCUCAAACAUGGCCAGUUUUUGGCCAUUCCCUGGCUGCUAUUUUGGCCAUAUGCAGACGGCCAUUUGCUGCUUUUAACCAUUGGCAGACAUCUAUUUCGAGCCCUAGAUUUCAAACAGCUUAGAAAUUUGUAGAAGAGCCUGGUUUUCUUAAGCCUGGUUUUAUUUCAAUUUGGUAUAUAAUUACGCCCCUAAUUCUCUAGUUGUGAGAGGCUAACGUGUUUAAAUAUUAGGAGUGAACCUAGAUAUUCUGGGAGGGAGAAAUUUUCCUUGCAAGAAUUUUUUUCAAAAUUUGGAGUUUUGUCGAACUUUAAUUUUUACGGCUUAGAAGCCGUGCGGGAACUUAUUCUAUACAUUUCAGAAUAUUCCAUGUAGUUGCAGGGAUUUUUUCCUGUCCAUAAAUGCUUGGAUGACUUUCAACUUUCACACCUUGCAUGAUUUUUUCAGAGAUCUCCCCCCCCCUCCCCACCAGGACGGUCCACUCCUAAAAGGUGCAUAUGUAUAUGCAAGUAUGAUAUCCUUAUUAUUGCCUAGAUUGCAUAAUAGACCAUGCAUUUUUCUUGUUUUCAUUCUUUGUGAUGUUGACUAAAAUAGUAUAGGCACUAUAUAGUAAAUAUUGACUGCUGCUGGACUUUAAUAAACUACUUAAACUAAUGAUGUAACUGUACAAUAAUUCAACUCAAACUAUAUAUUCAAGUAUGUCAAGUAUGUAACUAGUACUACCAGUAAUACUCAUAGUGGAGCAAGUUAUGAAAGAAUUUUCUUUAUUUAAAUAUUAGAAUAAAUUGUAGAAGAAUUUACUGUUCAGUAUGUCUAAAAUUAUUAUCUGUCUUCACACACUGUCGCUAUUUUGGUUAAUCUGUAUGGUUGUUUAAAACCUGAUAAGGUUCAUCCCAGGUUAGAAUAAUAUCAAGCUGUUUCCGUUGUGUUUACGAAUUAUUGUUGAUUAAUUCAUCCUUAUCACAGUACUCAUGAACAAAUAAUUGUUGUUUGUAUUUAAAAUAAACAAUUGCAGAUGAAAAUAUUGCCCAUAUACUCACGUCAAAGCGAGUCCAUGAAGGUUACAACUAACGUGACGUUAAAUAAACGUGAUUGAUUGAUCAGAUUAGAACUUGUCAAAUGAACAAAUUAGAACUUGUCAAAUGAACUGAUUAGAACUUGUUAAAUGAACUAAUUAGAACUUGCCAAAUGAACUAAUUAGAACUUGCCAAAUGAACUAAUUAGACCUUGCCAAAUGAACUAAUUAGAACUUGUGAAAUGAACUAAUUAGAACUUGUGAAAUGAACUAAUUAGAACUUGUGAAAUGAACUAAUUAGAACUUGCCAAAUGAACUAAUUAGAACUUGCCAAAUGAACUAAUUAGACCUUGCCAAAUGAACUAAUUAGAACUUGUCAAAUGAACUAAUUAGAACUUGUGAAAUGAACUAAUUAGAACUUGCCAAAUGAACUAAUUAGAACUUGCCAAAUGAACUAAUUAGACCUUGCCAAAUGAACUAAUUAGAACUUGUCAAAUGAACUAAUUAGAACUUGUGAAAUGAACUAAUUAGAACUUGCCAAAUGAACUAAUUAGAACUUGCCAAAUGAACUAAUUAGACCUUGCCAAAUGAACUAAUUAGAACUUGUCAAAUGAACUAAUUAGAACUUGUGAAAUGAACUAAUUAGAACUUGCCAAAUGAACUAAUUAGAACUUGCCAAAUGAACUAAUUAGACCUUGCCAAAUGAACUAAUUAGAACUUGUCAAAUGAACUAAUUAGAACUUGUGAAAUGAACUAAUUAGAACUUGCCAAAUGAACUAAUUAGAACUUGCCAAAUGAACUAAUUAGACCUUGCCAAAUGAACUAAUUAGAACUUGUCAAAUGAACUAAUUAGAACUUGUGAAAUGAACUAAUUAGAACUUGCCAAAUGAACGAAUUAGAACUUGUCAAAUGAACUAAUUAGACCUUGCCAAAUGAACUAAUUAGACCUUGCCAAAUGAACUAAUUAGAACUUGUCAAAUGAACUAAUUAGAACUUGCCAAAUGAACUAAUUAGACCUUGCCAAAUUAACUAAUUAGAACUUGUCAAAUGUCAUUAACCAACAUGAAAGUGAGUAUAGGUGAUAUUUUUAUCUGGAAGUGUUCAUUCUUAAGGCCCGUUUACACUUGCAAUUCUUGUUGCGAUUUAUCUGCCUCGUCCCCAGUCGCUUGCUAUCAAACAAUUAAUUAGGAAAAGACGAAAGUUAAUUUCCUUUGCGCGCUCGUCCUUAGUUGCGGGCGUGCGCCUAUAGGCGUGCGUCUUUAUCGGGCUUGCAGUGCACGCGCUGAUCUAUAUAUUACCGAUAUUUAAAUUUGAUCUAUAUAGAGGAGCCUGCGGAGGAGGCAGGCGAUUUAUAGUGUGAGUUUCCACUUGUGAUGGAUGUGAACGAGUAGAUGAGUUGUUCUACGUGUAUGUAACCUCAUCUGAACAACUUAUCCACACGAUUACAUGAGGAAAAUCGCAGCAAAAAUUGCAAGUGGAAACGAUGCAAGCGGUAGUGAUACAACAUUGUAAGAAACGUCGACUUUUAUUUCAAGUAAAUAUUCAAUAUUUUACCGAGGAUUAGUGCUUUGUAGAGUUCAACAACGCUUAAUACCUGCAGAAAUGUCAUGAAUGCCCUACACCAGUUAUCACCGAGCCUGCAGUGAGUAUAACUUAGUGUACACAGUGGUUUUGUGCUUCACAUACUUCAUGUAUUUACAGUACAAAGGGCUUUUGUCAAACGUAAUUAAUGUGAGAUGACGUCACCCACCAGAGACUAUGGUAAUUAAGAACUAUACGAGCAGUUAAUGAGAGUUUUAGAUUAUCAUUGAAUUAGGUAAAAAUUAUAGGACUAAUUACAAGCUGAAUAUGAUCACCAUGCAGGAUAGUUAUGCACAUUACGACUUAAUAUUGAUCUAACAUCUGCAGUAAAGCGCAGAGCAUCCAACAUUGGUAAAAUAUUUAACAGUGCUGUAUCUGAUGGAUCUGCGAACCAAGAUUUUAUAGGAAUCGCAUUAUCUAAAUAUAAAAAACCUGCGUUAUAUAUGACUGCAAGCAUGAUAUGUUAUCACAGUUUGUACAAACUACAAACACAGUGAACAUCAUUGUCUACAUGUUGUUUAAGACUGCAACUGAGCUUGAUCAUAACUGUCUCACUAACUGUGGACUGGUGUACAAUCUGAUAUUUCAAAAGUUCCAUGAAUUGUACUACAUAUUAAGACUUCCUUUCUGUUAAACCUGACUACCUUAAGUACAUUUAUUAAAUACUCGCUUAUUAUUAAUUGCAUCAAAGUUAGGAGAACAACCACACAUACAGUACGCUGUGUUAGGUUUUAAAAUUUCCACCAG